AUGUCAGCUUCCAAUACAUCUCAGACAUGCAAGGAUUACACCUUCAACCACAACCUCCUCCUGCCUGGCUACGUACUGAUAUUCAUUACAGGUUUGAUACUGAAUGUGACAGCCCUAUGGAUAUUCAUCCGAUACCUGCGCCUGAAGUCUGUAGUGAUGAUCUACAUGUUCAACCUGGCCAUAAGCGACCUCACCUUCACGCUCCCUCUGCCACUGAGACUCUACUACUAUUCCAACCACCAGUGGCCAUUUGGUAGCACCUUGUGCCAAGUCUCUGGCUCUGUCUUCCAGAUCAACAUGUAUGGUAGCUGUCUCUUCCUCAUGUGCAUCAACCUGGAUCGCUAUGUUGCUAUUGUUCAUCCACUUCGUUGGCGGCAUCUACGGCGUCCCAAAGUGGCCAAGCUCCUUUGCCUGAUCAUCUGGAUUGUGAUCUUCAUGGGUUCCAUCCCCACAGCCAUAAUCCUCAAGCAAAACCACUGUAAAGGUUAUAACCAGACUGUUUAUCUGUGCUUUGAAAGCUUUAGUGACAACAUGUGGCAAAAUAACCUCUUUCCCCUAGUUGUCCUGGCUGAAAUCUUGGGGUUUCUCCUGCCUCUCAGCUGUGUGACAUACUGCUCUAUUCGGAUCUUUCAGGAGCUCUGCCAGUCCAGACAGCCAAAGACCCUGCGACAGCAGAAGACUGUCCGUCUCCUCUUGGUCAAUCUGGUCAUCUUCAUCAUCUGCUUUGUGCCCUACAACACUACUCUGGCAGUUUAUGGGAUGAUAAAGGCCCAGAUGAUGAAGGUUGAGGAAGAAACUCAACGCUCCGUGCGCCAAGUAUUAAUUAUGACAAUGUUGUUGGCCAGCAUGAACUGCAUGCUGGACCCCUUGAUCUACUACUUUAGUACUGAGGGUUUCCGUAACACCUUUAAGAAACUGCGGCGGGGACAAGCCUGGGACUCAGAGAUGGGCACGCUUAAGCAUCAAGUUGUGGAGAACAAGUCAAUACGAGACCAUGUUGUCUCAAAAGCAAAAUUGUUCCCACCUGAAAACUUCAUCCAUUUCAAUGAAUCUUCAUCGUCACCUCCUACUGCAGUAUUUUUAAAUGGCCCUAUUGAGGACUCGGAAAUUUAA